CCCAAACACCACACGCGGCGGCCGCCGAGUACCGACCCGCCCCUCAGCUGCUGCGAGCCGCCGUCGGCACACCCCUUUCCGCCGGAGUGACGCAUGCGUGCUAGGAGACGGAGUGUUACUUACCGAAAUAACGUGGUGAGAAGUCAAGCCCCAAGGAAUUGUUAAAAGGAAAGAUACCCAGAGGAUAACGUCUAUCAUGCUGCGGUUUGGCCAGCACCUCAUCAAGCCCUCCGUGGUCUUCCUGAAGACCGAACUUUCCUUUGCUCUCGUGAACCGCAAGCCGGUGGUCCCGGGCCAUGUUCUCGUUUGCCCUCUGCGGCCGGCGGAGCGUUUCCGUGACCUGUGUCCUGAGGAGGUGGCUGAUUUAUUUCGUACGGCUCAAAGGGUUGGCAAUGCAGUGGAGAAACACUUCUGUGCCACCUCGCUCACCAUCACAAUUCAGGAUGGCCCUGAAGCUGGACAAACGGUGAAGCAUGUUCAUGUCCAUGUCCUUCCAAGGAGGUCAGGAGACUUCAGCAGGAACGAUGAUGUCUACAAGGAGAGAAAAUCUGUGGGAAUUUCAUGGGGUCAUUCCUGCAAGGACUGGGUGCCCGGAUCACACAGCCUCUGAGCUCUGGAGAAGCUCCCUACAUUAGCCUAAGCACAAGAGCAGAGUGCUGUGGAUCAUGUACUUCUGAUAUGUAAGAAUCAAACGGACAUCAUCGUUACAAUUCAUACUAGUGUCCUGUGUCAGCUUGCAGCACAAAGGAAACCUGUGAAAAAUAAAGUGCAGCCGAUCCCUAGCAGAAUGAAUAUUUUCCUGUUAUAUGAACUUUUCAUGAUGAAAUGGUCUCAUCUCUGUGGAAAAAUCAUUGUAUUGCCCCAGCUGUUGUCAAUAACUUUUAUGCAUUGACUGCUUUUUCUGCUAGACAAUAUUUACACUUCUCCACUCACCCGAUUGAUCUUCAUUUUCACAGGGAAUUUUUUGGGGGUAAAAUAUAACCAGUUUUUUUAAAAAAGGUAAACAACCCAGAAUUGCACUCGAGGGAAGAUAUACAUUGUAAGCUUAGUGACAACUUAAUGGCUUGUAGUAUAUCAGAUGUCUUCUAUGCUGCCAUCUUCUUGGGGAAAGUAUUUCUGUACAAUGUGUAAACCUAUGCACAUAGAAAACUAUACACGCUCCUUCAUUUUUUCCUCUCUCAGGUGUAAGCAUUCUUGGCACUGGCAGGAUAUGUUUAGUGCUGUACAGGAGCAGUACCAUUCUUCUUCUGCAGGAAAUGGAAGACAACUUUAACUCUUAUUUCUUAAAAAUUCCCAGCAAGCCUGUAUAUUAACUGUCUUUUCACUGAAUAGUGCUUGCUCGUUUCAUAGGAAAUGCAUUAUUUCAUUGAUUUAGUUUCUAUUUUAUAUGCUAGAGAAAUAAAAUUUCCAUAUAGAAAAGCAUACACAAAGGAUAUGACCUUUUAAGUUUAGCAGAGAAAAUAACUGAAUGCAAUGUAAUUAAUAUGCCAUAUAAAUGCCAACAACAACAUUAAUGCGCCAUAAAACCAGCACUGUUAAAAUGAUAUAGUCUGGAAAUGAAAAAGUUAAGUUUCUCUUGGCUUCAUUAAUUUGCUCACAUUCUGUUUCUAUGAAAGAAGCAACAUGCUCCUUAUCUAAACCAGGAGAAU